AUGACAGUGCUGGCGGACUAUGCGAACAAAUACGAGACGGUCAGUGUGCAACGGGAGGAUGGGAUUCUCCAGGUGACGUUUCACACCGGGGACGGAAGCCUGCUUUGGGGCGAGGCCUCUCACCGGGAGCUGGGUUACGCCUUCGCCGACAUCGGAGCGGACCCCGACAACCGGGUGGUCAUCCUCACCGGCACCGGCGACGACUACUGCGCCGAUUUCGAGCCCAACCGUCCCACCCGACGGAUGCCCCAGGACUGGGACAAGACCUACUGGGAGGGCAAGCGGCUGUUGACCAACCUGCUGGAGAUCGAAGUGCCGGUCAUCGGCGCCGUCAACGGUCCGGCGACCAUCCACGCCGAGAUCCCCGUGAUGUCCGACAUCGUGCUGGCGUCGGAGACCGCCACGUUUCAGGACGCGCCCCACUUCCCGCGCGGCGUGGUGCCCGGCGACGGCGUCCACGUGAUCUGGCCCCUGGUGUUGGGACAGAACCGAGGCCGGCACUUCCUGCUGACCGGGCGGACGCUAUCGGCCCAGGAGGCGUUCGAAUUGGGCGUGGUGGCCGAGGUCCUGCCCAGAGAUGAACUGUUGCCCCGGGCCUGGGAAGUGGCCCGGCAGUUGGCGGAACGGCCGCCGCUGACGCUGCGCUACACCCGCGUUGCUCUGACGCUGCAACUGAAGCGGCAGAUGCAGGACAUGCUGGGAUACGGUCUGGCCAUCGAAGGCCUGGCCGCGGUCGACGUGUCGCUGUCGCAAGGCUAG